AUGCAUUUCCUGUAUCAAGCUGGUAAACACAUCAAGGAUAAUGAACAAUUGAUGGAGAAACUGAAUCCCUUAUUACCGUUUGCCUAUUCCGGCAGCUCCACUACUAACGAAUUGGCUUUAGAUACAACACCAAGGAACCGGUCCGAAAUAGAUGAGAAUGCUGCUAGUUCAUAUCAUACAAGAGUAACGACACCCACUAUUAAUAUACGUAGACCCAAAGGUCCUAGGCUCAAGCAUGUUCCCACAUUGAAGCGGAAAAUGGGCGAUAGUUUCUCUGAGAAUGAUAAUAUCAAGAGGAGAGUAGUGAAUGAUGAUGAGAAUACUUCAUCUGAAGGAGAAACAUCAUUAUUAGCUUCCUUUUAUGACAGUAACAGAAAUAAUACUACUAAUAUUAAUAAUAGAUUGCAAAAAGAAGCGUUGAAGAAAGAAACUCCUCCUAGCAGUCCUCCUCCCGCUGCUAUAUCAUUGGUAUCUGAAUAUGAUUUCUUUACUAACCCUACUCAAAGUUUCCAUAUUCCUGAUUCUCCAAGAGUUAUUGAUCCUUCAAGUGAAGCCAAUACUGAAAUAGAAGAAGAGUUUGAGCCCGAGAAAGUAGUUGCAACCCGUCCCAAAUUGUAUGGUCGUCAUAAAGAAGAUGUACCCAGUUCUGAAGUUGAUUUUGGUAUUGAUAAAUUUAAUAGAUUCAAAUAUCCUUCUAUCCAUGAACAGUUUUCAACGGAUGGUGAUAUUGAUAGAACCAACUAUGAAAACGAAAGAGAAGCUAAUUUUGAAAGAGCUAAAAGAAAACUUUUAUAUGCAUUUGAAAACGUGGAAACUACCAUUGAUUUGGAAGAUAUGGGUCUUUAUGAUGUACCAGAUGAAAUUAAAGAUUUUGAUAAGUUGGUGAUCUUUGAAAGUGGAUCCGUAUCUUAUCAACUUUAUCUUGCUAAUAACCAUAUUCGACAUCUUCCUCCUUCAAUAUUCAAGUUUACAAAAUUGAAUGUAUUAAGCAUUCGUCAUAAUAAACUCCGGUACAUUCCUUCUUUAAUCCACAAAUUAAAGAACUUGACAGAUCUUUCAAUUGGUGCUAAUGAUUUGAAAUACCUUUGUCCUCAAAUAUUGGAUUUAAAAAACUUGACUACUCUUGGUGCUGGUCCUAAUCCUUUUAUUAAGGUUACUCCGGAUGCCAAAUAUGUGACAACUUCAAAGAAACAUCCCAUUGAUUCAACCAGAAGACUCAAUUACAUUUCUCCAAUAAUUUAUACUGUUGAAGACCCUGGAAAUCCAGCUUAUAAGCUUCCAAGCUUCAAAGCCUUAGCAUUGAAUGAAAUAGGAAAGUAUGAUGUUACGUAUGGUGAAACCAAAAUUCCAGUUGUGCAAUUAGAUGGGAAAAUCAUAUGA